AAAAACGGGGCGAGCAUGCGUAUUGCGCGGCCCCACCUCAGCGUUGCCUUGGUGAUCCAGGAAGGACCACGCCCAUCGGGCUGGUCCUCCGCACUGUCCCAGAAGCGCCGCGGCCCGGGCGUCCUCCCUCAGUCCGGGAGCGACGCUGCGCCGAGCGGUCGAACAUCCGAGAUGUGGAAGCUGAGCCGAAAUAGGGUGCUUCUGGACGAGCCCCCCGAAGAGGAGGACGUGCUGCGAGGGGCACCGCCAGCAUCUGCAGCUGCCCCGGCGCCGGGAGCAAGUCUCAGAGGUUGGAAAGAAGUGACUUCUCUGUUUAAUAAAGAUGAUGAACAACAUCUGCUCGAGACCUCCAAAUCUCCCAAGUCCAAAGGAAGUAAUCUACGACUAAAAGAAGAGUUGAAGGCGGAGAAGAAGUCGGGAUUUUGGGACACUUUGGUUUUGAAGCAGAAUACCCAGCCUAAAAAACCAGAUCAGAUGGAAGGAUGGGAGCCUCCCAAGCUUCCUGCCGAAGGCGUGGUGGUCGAUGCCGAGGACGGCGUGAGUGGCUGCCCGCCCUGGUCUGGUUGGGAGGAUGAUACCAAGGGCUCCACCAAGUACACCAGCCUGGCGAGCUCGGCUAGCAGCUCCCGCUGGAGCCUCCGGUCAGCAGGAAAGCUGGUGAACAUCAGGCGCCAGAGCAAGGGCCACCUGACAGAGACCUGUGAGGAGGUAGAAUGAACUGAAGAAACGCCACUGUGACGUCACCUUGCUUUAGGGAUGGCCCACCCCGGGAGUCUUCUACUAGCGCACCAUUAAUUUGCUGAGCCCUCUCAUAUUUCAGGGAAGGAAUCCAGUGAGUUGCCUGUGUUUCGUGCUCAGUGACCCACACGCACCAUGGCUUCCUGGUGACAUCUGACUGCCUUACUGUAGACACAUCCACCCACUGGGUGCAUGUCUGCUGAAAGGACAUGUGCAUCGCAGACACUGUCCUGUGAGACAGAACAGUGGCUCACAGUCUCCUCUGAGUUUCAUGCCGGCCUCAGUCACUUGUUUCUUUAAAACCUCUAAACCUUGGCCCUGCAU